AUGGGGAACUGGGUGGAGAAUGAAGGACUGUCCAUCUUCGUCGUUCUUGUGUGGCUGGGCUUAAAUGUCUUCCUCUUUUGGUGGUACUACCUUGUGUAUGAUGUCCCACCAAAAUUCUUCUACACCAGAGUGCUCCUUGGCCGUGCUCUGGCUCUUGCAAGGGCCCCUGCAGCCUGCCUGAAUUUCAAUUGCAUGCUGAUUCUGCUGCCAGUAUGUCGAAACCUUCUCUCCUUCCUCAGAGGAUCAAGUGCGUGCUGCUCUACCCGUAUCAGACGACAGCUGGACAGAAACCUCACCUUUCACAAAAUGGUGGCCUGGAUGAUUGCCCUUCACACUGCAAUUCACACCAUUGCACACUUAUUCAACGUGGAGUGGAGUGUGCAAGCCCGUGUUGAAGAGAAAGGCACUCUGGCAGCUGUGCUUUCUGGCCUUGGAGACAAACCCCAUGAAAGCUAUGUCAACUUUUUCAGACAAACCAUUGCAAAUCCCAUUGGGGGCCUCUAUGUGGCUUUCACAUACUUGGCUGGCAUCACUGGGGUUGUCAUCACACUUGCCCUCAUCCUCAUCAUCACCUCAUCCACCAAAACCAUCCGGAGGUCAUAUUUUGAAGUAUUUUGGUACACCCACCAUCUCUUUGUCAUCUUCUUUAUUGGCCUUGUCAUCCAUGGUGCUGGUCGUAUUGUACGGGGACAGACAGCUGAAAGUCUGGCUGAACACAACCCAGAGAUUUGCCACAAGAACUUCAGUCACUGGGGCAAGAAUGAGGCUUGCCCAAUCCCUCAAUUUUCAGGGAAUCCUCCUAUGACAUGGAAGUGGGUGGUGGGUCCCAUGUUUCUGUACCUGUGUGAGCGGCUGGUGCGGUUUUGGAGGUCACAGCAGAAGGUUGUCAUCACAAAGGUGGUCAUUCAUCCCUUCAAGACAAUUGAGCUCCAGAUGAUGAAAAAAGGGUUCAAGAUGGAGGUUGGACAAUAUAUUUUUGUUAAAUGUCCAGCAGUGUCUAAACUGGAAUGGCAUCCAUUUACACUGACUUCUGCUCCAGAAGAGGAUUACUUCAGCAUUCACGUCCGUAUUGUAGGAGACUGGACAGAGGGCUUGUUCAAUGCCUGUGGGUGUGAUAAGCAAGAAUUCCAGGAGGCAUGGAAGUUGCCCAAGAUAGCUGUGGAUGGCCCCUUUGGGACAGCGAGUGAGGACGUGUUCAGUUAUGAAACUGUGAUGCUGGUUGGAGCUGGAAUAGGGGUCACCCCCUUUGCAUCUGUCCUGAAGUCUGUCUGGUACAAGUACUGCCAUGAUGCCACCAACCUAAAGCUCAAGAAGAUUUAUUUUUACUGGCUUUGCAGGGACACUCAUGCCUUUGAGUGGUUUGCUGACCUCUUGCAAUCUCUGGAGGCUCAAAUGCAGGAGAGGAAUAACGCAGAGUUUCUGAGCUAUAACAUCUACCUUACAGGCUGGGAUGAAACUCAGGCCACUCACUUUGUAGUACAUCAUGAAGAAGAGAAAGAUGUGAUUACAGGACUGAAACAGAAAACCUUGUAUGGAAGACCCAACUGGGAAAAUGAGUUCAAAACGAUUGCAGGGAAGCAUCCUGGCUCCAGAAUAGGUGUUUUUCUCUGUGGCCCUGAGGGCCUGGCUGACACACUCAACAAGCAGAGCAUCAGCAACUCAGAAGCUGAUCCACGAGGAGUACACUUCAUUUUUAACAAAGAAAAUUUCUAAUUCCCAAGCAUGUGGGAGCCAUUAAAUGCAAAGUCUGAAGACUGAAUCUGUUUUUCUGUUUGGAGUCUGGGAAAGACAGCCCAGCUUCUAAAUUUCAGCUACACUAACGCAGGUCCCUUUGCUUCUUGGGAAUUAUUUUAGCUCUGUGGUAGAGCAAAAGAGUCAAGUUUUACCUUAGGGAAGUUUCCACUGCCCUCCAUGUGCUGGCUAUUUAGUAGAAAUCUGUUUUGUUUGUCUGUGUGAGGGGAUUUCCCCUCAAUUAACUGCAUUUAUCCUCCAAUUAUUCACCAUGACUGCUGAAGAGUGGAGGCUACCAUUAGCUUUUGGGAGCCAAUUCACACUCAUAAAGCUUAGUGCUAUUAAACAAUAAAGCAUUCUAGCAUAGUGCUUGCUGUUAGGAGGCAGCUGGUCCUGGCUGCAGCCAAUCCCUGGAACAAGGGGAGUUGGAAAAGGGU